UCAUGCUGCUGCCAGGCCCCGUAGUAUCUGUCAUGGGUGGCCCUGUACCGCCUCCCAUUGCUGCUGUCCAAGGUCUAGAUCGACCACACUCUGCUCAUGCUGCCACUUUCAGGUCUCCUCAACUGCUGGUGGUUUCCAUUUUGUCAAAAGGGUGCUGGCAGAUUACGGGCCUCCCAUUGCACGGUGCUGGCAACAGGACCCGUAAUCCCCCGCCCGAUGGAAGCCCCUGUACCGCCUCCUCAUGCUGCUGCCAGGUCCAAGCGUGUCUCAUGGGUCCCUGUACGGCCUCCCAUGCUGCUCGUCUCCAUCGCCACACUCUGCCAUGUGCCACUUUCAGGUCUCCUCACACUGCUGGUGGGUUGUCCAUUUUG